GGAAUGUGCAGCUUGGAAGUCGGCAAUGUCGGUUUGAUUUUAACCAGCCGAUCCGAGUUUAAAACAAACAUUAUGCAUUUUGUAAAAACAGACUAAGGUGCAAUGAGUGCUCGCGGCAGUGAAGUGAGCGUUUUUGUUCGUACUAGACCGACGGCCAGCUUUGCUCAGGAGCUCAUAGAAUAUCUACCGGAUGGACAGACAGUGAAUGUCCGCCAGAGAAAGGAGUCCAGGAAGGGGGUGGUGAACAACCAGCUGAACUCCUGGUCCUUCCGUUUGGAUGGCGUCCUACAUGACGUGUCACAGGAGGAUGUGUAUGCCCGUGUGGGGCGAGGGGUAGUGCUCAGGGCGCUGCAGGGGUACAACGGAACUGUGAUGUGUUUUGGCCAGACGGGAGCAGGGAAGACGUACACCAUGACAGGAGCCACAGAGAAUUACAGUCAGAGAGGGAUUAUACCCAGAGCCCUACAGGAGGUGUUCCGGGAGGUGGAGCAGCGUUCCGACCACACCUUCAACGUGCACCUGUCCUUCCUGGAGAUCUACAACGAGACCCUGGUGGACCUGCUGUCCUCUGUACGGGGAUGCCCAGGCCCAGGUCCAGGGGGCAUGGCUGUGGUGGAGGAGUCUGGAGGGAGCGUGGUCGUUAAGGGGCUGUCCCUGCACCUAGUCCACAGUGAAGUAGAAGCCCUCAACCUGCUUUUUGAGGGAGAAAUGAACCGCAUCAUUGGAGCUCACAGCCUCAACAGAAACUCCUCCAGAUCUCACUGCAUCCUUACAGUGCACAUUGAGUCUCAUUCCCGCACUCUGUCUGAUGCUAAAUACGUGACCUCCAAGCUGAACUUGGUGGACCUAGCAGGCUCAGAGAGACUGGGCAAGACAAGGUCAGAGGGCCAGGUGCUGAAGGAGGCCAUGUACAUCAACAAGUCCCUGUCAUUCCUGGAGCAGGCCAUCCUGGCUCUGGCAGACCGGAGGAGAGACCACGUGCCCUUCAGACAGACCAAACUCACCCACGCCCUCAAGGACUCACUGGGUGGGAACUGCAACACAGUUCUGGUGGCCAACAUCUACGGAGAGGCCACUCAGAUAGAGGAGACCCUGUCCACCUUGCGGUUCGCCAGCCGUAUGAAGCGUGUCAGAACCGAUCCGGCCCUUAACGAGCACAUCAACCCGGUGCUGCAGGUGCUGAAGCUGCAGAAGGAGAUCCAGCUGCUGAAACAGCAGCUGUCUAUUCACGACACCCUGGCCAACCGCACAGGCAUGUCGUACGAGACGCUGUCCGAGACCCAGGUGGCAGAGAUUCAGAGCCAGGUUCAGAGAUACCUGGAGGGAAGCCUGGAAGAGAUCAACAUUGUCAAUAUCAGACAGAUCCAGGAGGUAUUUGCUCAGUUCAAGGUGGCCAUACAGCAGCAGGAGCAGCGUGUGAGGAGCCAGCUGGGUGAGACCUACAGCCUAGUGGAAAAGACCCAGAGUUCCUCUGGAACUCCAGCUGCCAAGCUGCAGGCCCCCAAAAGCAUGGUGGGAGAGGUGGACGGCUGUGGGUUUGGGGUCGGCAUGGCUGCCCCCUCAGAGAGGCAUGUCCGCCCCGUGUCCCCUGACAGGACCAGAACCAGGAAGGCCAAGGAGCUGGUCAGCCAUGGUAAGAAGGACCCAGGACCAGGCAGGCCAGCGGAGGAUGUGUCCGGGCCACCCAGCCAGAGGGAGCCUGAGGUGUACGAGCUGGAGACCCAGGAUCCCCUGGUGCUACUCCCCGGUCCCAGGGAGCCCCCCAGGCCUGAUUCCCCUCCCAGUAAGACUGAGGCAUUUGAGGACUUCAAGGCGGAGCGCGGCAGUGAGAUAAACCGCAUUCUGAAGGAGAACAAGGCGGUCCUGCUGGAGCGGCGGGCCCGCCUCCGAGAGCUCACCGACGCCAUCAACACGGUCAAAACAGAGAUAGACCACACCAGCUCCGCCCUGCAGCAGUGGAGGGAGAGGAGGCAGAGCCAGGGUCAGUUUGUGAGUGCGCAGGGGGAGCUGGUGCUGGAGGAGGAGGAGCUGGUGCUGGUCAUGCGUCUGCAGGAGCUGAAGUCCCAGUACCGGCUGCUGUACGAGGAACAGCGCAGCACCAAGGCUGAGGUCAGCUACUGCCACCACCUGGUGGACCAGUGUAGGGCACGCCUACUGACCGAGUUUGAGAGCUGGUACAAUGAGUCCUUCCUGCUCCCAGAGGAGGUCCAGGCCAUGCUAAGGACCGGGGGAACAAUCCGACCUGGACUCAUACCCCUGGACAAGGCACUGGCUCUGGAAGAGGAUGAGCAGGUGCGUUGUGAGCGUGUGAGGUCUGAGCGGCUGGCCGACAGCCCCAGCGCCGUCUCCUUCUACAGCGCUCACAUGAGGUCGCUUCAGCGGCAGAGGAGCGUGGGCAGGGCCAUGCCUCAGACUGCCUCCCAGAAGAAAAGCCCCAGAGACUCUGGCCGCACCAGACUUCCUGCCAUCCUCACCAUCAUGUGACUGGAAGAACCAAGCAUGCGACAUCUGCCCCCCAUGGUCCACCAGCACCAUGGUGGCACACCUAAUGUGGCCUCAAUAAAGACCCAAGAUGUUGGUGAAUCAGCGUGUGUGUGUGUGUGUGUGUGUGUGUGUGUGUGUGUGUGUGUGUGUGUGUGUA